AAGAGAAGAUGGAGUGAGGCGAGGGGUUUAGAGGGGAGAAGGGCGGGGAGGAAGGGCUCAGAGUUGGCACGAGGCGAGAGUUUGGGCAGUGCAGGGCCAGGGCUGGGCGGGGCCAAGUGGCGAUCUUCAGUAGCUGUGUAGACGUUGGUUGAGAUACACACGAGUUAAUUCUCUCCACCAUCACAGCAACCACCUGAUAGCGCGAGAUGAACGCUUCCCGCACCGCCAGUUCGCUGCCUCUGCCCCCAAGCUGCCUCUGGCCGUGACUAGCGUUUCGCUUUGGUUUUGUUUCCGAGGUGUGUUUUGUGUCAUUUGAGUUGACUGUGACAUUCUAUUAUGAUGCAUGAGAGCAGCAGAGAGAGCGAGAGCGAGCGGUAAAAGUGGACUCUCUCACGAGGACUGAACUGAACGUUGCAUCUCCCGCAGGUGUUGUUUAAGAGACUCAAUUUGUUCGUGAAAAGAGGUCGAGGCGUAAUCAAGAGAGAGCAGCUUUGUGCUGUGUUCAACCUGUACCUGACGAGUGACCUCGGAUCCGCUGUUCUGCUCCACGACACCACCCCAGCGUAUGUCUGAAUGCCCGAGUGGUCUGUCUCAAUAGAGUGCAGCGAGUACCACGAGGAAAGCUUCACUGUCACCGCCACCAUGGUGCUGCACACCGUCAAGGACGAGGAGGAGGAGUCUCUCCAGGAGAAAGUGAUGAAGAAGAAGUACUAUUGCAAAAAUAACAAGAAGAAGAAGCAGCCUCCCUUCUCCGACUGUGACACCUUCAAGUUUAGCGACUAUGACUGCAUCGGCUUCGACUUGGACAACACCAUUUGCCGCUACAAGGUGGGCGAGAUCAUGCGUCUCGAGUAUGACCUCAUUGCAAACUACAUGGUGAACCGAUAUGGAUACGAGCCCGAGCUGCUGCUGCCUCUUGACGAUGACAUAGACUUUCUGCAGAAAGGUCUCCUCUUGGACAUCAAAAGGGGCAACUUCCUCAAGUGCUCGCCGACAGGCCGCAUCCUGCGUGCCACGCACGGCACGCGGCCAAUGUUCGAUGAUGAUAUUGUCGCCGUCUACGGAAAGGAGCGUGUGUGGGAGCCAGUGAUCGACUAUGAGAACGCCUCAACUGAUCACCCAGUCAACGGCAAGACUCCUGUGCUGCGCUCCUUCAAAGAUUACUUCGACAUGCCUGCCGCUGUGGCGAUGGCCAGGGCAGUGGACGCGCAGGACAACACGGAGGGAGGCCCAGCGGAGGAAUACGACAUCUGGCCUGACGUCCACGUCGCCAUGUGCAACAUGUAUCGGAGAGAACACUUCCGCAAAGAUGAGGGCGGCUUUUUCCCUGAAGUCAGAUACCAUCCAGAGAAGUACAUUUACGAGGCCAGCGACAGGCUAAAGCGGUGGCUCAAAGCCGUCAACGAACACACAUACACGGCCCUCAUCUCAGGCUCCAGCAUCGAUUAUGCCUCACACAUCGCCCGCUACGUGCUCGGCCCAGACUGGCGUGAAUAUUUUGACAUCAUGAUCUGCACUGCAAAGAAACCCGGGUUCUUCACCAUGGAUCGGCCCUUCCGCUGUCUUGUGGGGCCUGAUGACGGCGAUGUAGUUCCCACCCACAAGCUGCGCAUUGACGGGACCUACUCUGGCGGCAACUGGCGAGACCUACAGGAACUUAUCAAGCAAGAGACAGGCCUGGACCAGCCCCACUGCCUCUACGUGGGGGACCACCUGGCGCAGGACGUGCUGACGCCGGACAAGGAAGGAGUGGACACUGUGGCCAUCGUGGAGGAGCUGGCGGCCGAGGGCAUGGUUGGAGAUAGGAUGGAACACGACGCCGGCUCUGACUUGAUGAGCACCUACUGGGGCUCCUUCUUCACUACGGACGGCGACAAAAGUGUGAUAGGGGUGGAUCGCAUCAACACCCUUUACGGCAGCGUCCCGCUCAAGCACUCCCGCAUAGCAGUGCCGUCCCUCGAGGUGGUGGCGAGAUUCCCAAUCAGGCACCAGUACGAGGCCUUUAGUCAAGAAACGUCGGGAUUCUUCCCUGGCGAUCCCGUCAUCCUUCACUUCUAAUACGCCGUGUGUGUGUGUGUGUGUGUGUGUGUGUGUGUGUGUGGUGUGUGUGUGUGUGUCUGCGCCCCCAUGGCCACAAUCUGGUGAUGUGCGUCCCCUCUUGGAGUUGCGCCACCGCUACAUCUGCCAUCGCUACGUUUUUGUCGCUCCGCAACUGGCCGCAGCUCGUGAAAAAAAAAGGGUCAUGGCUCACACUUGCUCUAUCUCUCUACGGCCUCCCGCGUCCCCUCGCCGACCCUCAGGCCCCUCCUUUGGCGCUCGUCCAGAAGCUAUAAAAAAACAAGCACCUCGGUCUUACCUGUGACGCCUCCACCUCCAGCCUUCUGUUAAAGCUUACCGGGCACCUCAAGUAUUGCCGGGAGAUGGAGGACGGUGCUUCCAGGCGAGGGGUGAGGGGAGGGAUGACGUGUAAGUGGUUGGCGGGGAGCAUGUGAGUAACACGAGCACCUGCAGGCUGCGAGACGGCGACGGAGUGUGAGUGUGUGUGGCCUUGAGGACCUAAUCAGUAGUCAUGCUCUUAACGGCUCAGUGCAAUACUUUACAUGAGUGUAAAACUGACAAUUUAGGUUAUAUUAACCGGUUUUACUUUUGUUGUUGUUAGUUAUGAUUAGUGUACGAUAAGAGGAGGAAGACAAGGAAGAGGAGGAGGCGGAGGAGGAGGAGACGGAGGAGGAGGAGGAGGAGAGGGAAGAGAGGGAGGAGGAAAAGCUUUGUGCUGCCAUUUUUCUGGUAAAAGAUGGAACGAAUGUCAGGCACAUUUGUUCUCACUCUAAUUCGGACCGACGUUCACUAUUUAUCACCUCUCUAAUUGAAAACAGCACCAUAAGACAAAAAAAAAAAAAUAAGCGAAAGUAAAACGAAGAAAAUAAUAACCCAUAUUUCCUCCCUCGGAGGUGCCCGCGUCAGUCCGAAGGGAGCCAGAGAAGAAUAUUUUGUUACGAAGUUUUCAUGAAGAACCAUUUCAGCAACAUAGCGCGACACAUGCACGCAUGCACCCACACACUCACACACACACACACACACACACACACACACACACACAGGGAAAGCCACAAUCAUUACAGCACUAACGCAGCGCACCCGUAAUGACGCAAUACACAACACACACUGAGCCCUCCUACGCAGUGUUGCUGAACUGAAUAAAACUCAUGCAAAACCUUUCUAUAUACGAAUAUUACAUGCUGGUAUGCGUAUAGGGGAAAAAGUUAUCCAUGAAUACAUUCAACUGUGUAUGUAAGCCUUUUGUUUUUAAUCGUAUUCUACAUGGGAGUUAGUUUUCUAUGUGUGAAUACUUUAUGCACAGACUUUUCGUGUAUUUUUAGUAGUAAACAUACUAUUGAAAAUGUUAUCUCUUAUCUGUUCAGGUUGUUAUCUAACGUUUCUUCAUUGUGUUAUCUACUGUCUGUCGAAAAUGUUAUGUACUGUCCUUCAAUGGUUCAAAAAUGUUAUCUCUCGUUUAUUCACAGUGUUAUCUCCUGGUCUACUCAGACUGUUAUGUCUUGUCUCUAUGAUUAAUUCACUACCCUCUGGCAGGGCCAUAUAAGGUUCAGAGUAUCUAUUACAUUGUAAGUUUUGUAGUUGCCUAGAGAACAUUGUUGCUAUCUGUAUGACACUUCUGAAGUCACGCAGCUUUGAUUCACAUAUAAGUAGCAUUAAGUCACAUCUGAGCAUCAGUCGUAAGUCAUUAACCAGCAGAUCUUUGUCAUCUAGUGUUUUCAAUUGUAGUUCAGGAAGAGCGUGUUCAGAACUCUGCAUUUCGUGUGUGUUGGAAGCAUUAUUGUGUAUUGUGACUCACUUCGCACUCAUGCCUCACUUAAUCUGACUCAUGACUCAUCCCUGGAGCCUGAUCUCGUCCCCUCGUUGGGUUUUCACUCAUCCCUAAUACCUGAUAUCCUACCUAUGGUGCCUGUUCAUCCUCGGUUUGACAAGCUAAGUCCCCGUCUUCCUUCCAGGAUAGACGUGGAGUGUGUGUACAUGAACUACCUGCUUCGUUUUGUUAUCUUCCUCCAAACGUUUUUCCCUUCUUUCUUUUUAAAUUGUCUCAUGAUUUUUCUUACUGCAGUUUCUCGUAUUUUUUCAAUUUUUUUUCUUUUUCAUUUUACUUCCAGUAGUUUUCCUGUUUUAAAUUUUAAACUUCUUUUAACUUCUUCAACUUGUUUCAAAAUUUUACUAUCUUAUUUAUGUUUUCAUCCCUGUUUCGUGUCUCUCUCUCUCUCUCUCUCUCUCUCUCUCUCUCUCUCUCUCUGCCAAGUGUCUGAGGCAAAGUCUGUGUCAGUCUGUGAUCUCUUCGUCUCUGUGAAGAUUAAGUGCAGCAGAGAAAAACAGUUUCUAUUUUUAUACAUGAACUUAUAUUUGCUACGUUAAGUACUAGGUACGUAUAAGGGCUUCAUCACUCUUCGUAAUGGAGGAGGAGGAUUAAAAUUACAAUAAAAUGUUGAGAUUU